AUGGCGGCCCCGGGCACCCUCGGCACUUACUACGUGGACUCCUUCCUGGUGGCCGAGGGCGACGAGCUGGCUGCGCCCCGCUACGCGCCCGCGCUGCCGCCGCCGCCGCCGCCACCGCCGCGGCCGUCGGCGCUCGCCGAGCACCCCGAGCUGGCUCCCUGCAGCUUCCAGCCCAAAGCGCCCGUCUUCGGCCCCCCGUGGAGCCCCGCCGGCGCCAGCGGCGUCCCCGCCGUCUACCACCCGUACGCGCAGCACCAGGCGCCGCCCGACGGCAGGUACAUGCGUUCGUGGCUUGAGCCUGUGCCGGGCUCCUUGUCCUUCCCCGGGUUACCUACCAGCAGGCAUUACGGCAUUAAACCUGAACCGCUGGCGGCCAGAAGGGGUGACUGUACCACGUUUGACACUCACACUUUGUCUCUGUCUGAUUAUGCUUGUGGUUCUCCUCCAGUUGAUAGGGAUAAGCAAAGCCACGAAGGCGCAUUCUCUGAAAGCAAUGGAGAAAGUGAGGCAAACGGAGAGAAACCCCAGAUUGAUCCAAAUAAUCCAGCUGCAAACUGGCUCCACGCAAGGUCCACCAGGAAAAAGCGGUGCCCCUACACGAAGCAUCAAACGCUCGAACUGGAAAAGGAAUUUCUGUUCAAUAUGUAUCUCACCAGGGACCGUAGAUACGAGGUGGCCAGGCUGCUCAACCUCACGGAGAGACAAGUGAAAAUCUGGUUUCAGAACAGGAGGAUGAAAAUGAAGAAAAUCAACAAAGACCGGGCGAAGGACGAAUGAUGGCGAUACGUGGGUUUGAAAGAGAACGCAUAUAUYAAAAGAAACAACACCAGUAAAAACAAAAAUCAACAACAACAAAAAAAAUUCCUCCUCUCGAGUCCUACCAUACAAUGCGUCUGGGUCCAGGCCUCUCUCUUUUUUUUUU